AUGAGAGUUACUCAAUUAACCUGGACAGUUUUACCUCAAGGUCAAAGGCCACAGAGAGAUGGUACUCUUCUACGAUAUGUAGAUGAUCUGCUAAUAGCAACUGGGACAGAAGAAGAGUGUGUUAAAUGGCCUAUUUCUCUGUUGAAUUUCUUGAGUUUAAGUGGAUAUCGAGUCUCUCAACAGAAAGCGCAGCUGGCGCAAGAAAAAGUGGUGUACCUGGGAUAUGAAAUUUCCAGAGGACAACGAUCCCUAGGAACAACAAGAAAAGAAACCAUCUGCCAAAUGCCUAAACCUGAAAUAGCGAGAGAUCUACGAGCCUUUCUAGGGAUGACAGGUUGGUGCCGUUUAUGGAUUUAUCAAUACGGGAUACUCGCUAAACCACUAUAUGAUUUGUUGAAAGAGUCUAAGAGUGUCCUAGUCUGGACUCCCGAAGCAGAGGGAGCUUUUAAGAGACUGAAACAAGAACUCAUAAAAACCCCAGCCUUGGGCCUGCCCGAUGUAACAAAAUCAUUUUAGCUGUUCUCUCAUGAACGGCAAGGAAUGGCUUUAGGAGUCUUGGCACAACAAUUGGGACCACACAAAAGAGCCAUGGCUUAUUUCUCCAAACAACUGGAUGAAGUGAGCAAAGGGUGGCCCAGCUGUCUGAAAGCAGUGGUCACAGUGAUCAUAAACAUAGAAGAGGCCAGAAAACUUACAAUGGGCCAGAAAAUGACUGUGUUAGUGUCCCACACUGUGUCCGCAGUACUAGAACAGAAGGGUGGCCAUUGGUUGUCACCUUCCAGAUUCUUAAAGUACCAAGCAAUCCUAGCUGAGUCAGACGACAUAACCAUUCAAGUAACUAACGUUGUGAAUCCAGUCUCAUUUCUAGAAGGAAGGAUGUCAGCAGAACCAAUUGAGCAUGACUACCUGGAAAACAUCGAAGCAGUCUACUCCAGUCACCCGGAUCUCAAAGAAGAGCCAUUUGAAGAUGUAGACAACUGGUUCUCGGACGGCAGUAGCUUCGUGAAGCAAGGAGUAAGGAUGGCGGGCUAUGCAGUAACCACAACGGAAGAGGUAAUCGAAUCAAAUCCUUUACCUGCAGGGACCUCAGCCCAAAAGGCAGAACUAAUAGCUCUCACCCAAGCUCUGGAAUUAGCAGAAGGCAUACGAAUUAAUAUUUGGACAGACUCCAAGUAUGCCUUCUCCAUCGUGCAUGCUCACGGAGCAAUUUGGAAAGAAAGAGGACUGCUAACUGCUCAAGGGAAAACAGUCAAACAUGCAGAAGAAAUUCUACGAUUGUUAGAAGCAGUCCAACUCCCAACACAAGUGGCCAUAAUGCAUUGCAAGGGACACCUGAAAAGUAACACUGUUCCAGAGAUAGGAAAUAGGAAAGCUGAUGCAGAAGCUAAAUUAGCUGCUGCAAAGACCGAAGAAGUGACUAUAACAGCUUUAGUACCAGGAGAGCUAGAUCCUAACUUUCAACCAGAUUAUCAGGAAUCAGAUCAUAAGUAG